CCUCCCACAGUAACGCCGUGAGCGCUGCAGGCGGUUCCGUCCAGAAAGACCAGAACAGUCGUGUCUUUCCUGUCAUUUUCAGAUGCCCGGGGCUUCGUCUCCGUCUGGCGUGUCGUAAAAGGCUGAGGACCAGCCGGGCUCGGACAGAACAAGAUGGCUUUCGCCAAAUCCCUGCGGCUGUUGUUCAUUUUCCCCUUUGUCUCAGCGGCGAAGGUGGCACCUCCGACCAACGUGACCCUAACCUGCCGUAACCUGCAGAACAUUUUGUUCUGGGAUUAUGAGGGCGACGUUCCUGGGCUUAGAUUCCACGUUUUGAUCAACUCUGAUUCAGAAAACCCAGGUUGUCCUAAAGAAAUGUGGUUUAACGAAUCUUCUCGACAAGCGGAUCUUUCGUUUCUGUCAAGUCCGGACAACCUCUACUUUAUCAGGGUAAAGGCUGUGCUGGGGGCUGAUGAGUCCACAUUCUCUCCAGAGGAUGGAAUCGAAUUUUCCUAUUUCUCCAGUGCUCUGAGUGGUGAGAAAUGUCUUUUGGAUAUCCCGCCCGUUGACAUCACUACCCUGAGGCAUCACCACAUACAGGUACAGUUCAAGCAUCCCUGGUUGGUGUACAAGGACGGGCUCUCUGGAUGCAAGAAACGGAAGAAGAAAAGUCACCAGGAAGAGGACGAACCACCAGAAUUUAAGUACACCGUUGAGGUGGUUGGCCAGGAUAAGUCCCACACCGUUUUCUGUGAGGAAGCUGUGUGUGAGACCAGACUGCAAGUGGACACGAAGCAGGACAAACACUGUGUGAAAAUCAACGGAGAGCUCAAAAUGAUGUCUGUGGUGUCCCCAAAGGAAUUCUGCAUCCAGAAAGCCCCACCGCCUCUGAAUCACACCGGCCUCGUUGUCGGCAUCGUCGUCACCGUCAUCGCAGCGGUGGCUUCAGUUGCCGCCAUGGUUUUCUGGAAAAAGACGACACCCGCCAAGGACAGGCCUUUACUACCUUUUUCGAUAAUCCCAAAAACAAAGCAACACUUCCAACCCAUUCCUGAUGAUCCCAGUCCUGUGACAGUGAGCCCUUUGCCGAAGAGUCCCAAACACCCGCCUGAGGAACCCGUCAUCAGUCAAAAGAGUGAAGAAGCCGAUGACCUACGCAUCAAGUUGUCACCUAACAGCCAGGCUCCUUCUGAAGAGCUGGAGGAAGAGAACACGUCUGAAGACCCGUACAUGAGCGGGCAAAAACUGGACAGUGACCCUGAAGAGCCAGAAGGGAUGAGCCCCUCUCCUUACGAGCGCCGCGAGGUGGUGCUGGCUCCCGGGGACCAAGCCGAGGGAUACCGUGGCUGAUUAAUCGGUUCGAUCUAAAAGAAAAGAUUAACAAUACAAUUAGGGGGGGGCAAAAACUCUGUUACAUUCAUUCCUUUUCCUCCUCUUUACUGAUUGUGAAAAAAGGUGAAAAUACAGAGAGGCCUACAGACUGGAAAACCUAACUUUGCGCUUUUAUACAGAGCCAUAAUCACAGCUCAUCCACUAUUAGUUGAUAAUCAUUGUCACAGUGACACCUGCUGGCUGGACACUAGCAUUACCACAUCUAAUUAGCUACAGAGCGCACCAGAAAAAAAUAUUUCUUUCAAUUGCACUUUUUGUAUAUGUAUUUUUUACUACUAGUGUUAGAGUAGCAAGUUACAGCAAGAUAGAUUUCAAAUCACCUUUUAGCUUUAGUUGUGUUGACUGCAGGUGAUCUGAAUCAGGUUUUCAGCACUUUCCAUCACCAGAAACCUGUGAACUGAGAUGUAGAUUUUUUUAAGGGGUGUAUUUUGUUUCAUAUAUGUAUAAUAAUUGGUGAGAGUAAUAAUAAGUAGUACUGUCUUUGUGCCUUUAUAAUCAAUGCCUCACUGAGGUGAAAGUAAAGAUUCUUAUUUUUUUUUAUCAUUGUUUUCUCCAUAGAGUUUUUGCGGCGCUAGUGGUUCGUAUUUUUGACAGCCGGCAGACAGGAAAGAGGGCAAGGAGAGGGGGGAAGACACGCGGCAAGGGUUGCUGGGACUGGGAGUCGAACCCGCGACGUCCUCACCGAGGACCGAGGCCUCCAAACGUGGGGCGCUCUAACCCCCUGCGCCACCACAGCACGCCCCAAAGUAAAGAUGAUUUAAAUUUUGGAGAAUCGUGACAGUCGAUGUCUUUAAGGGACGCAGUCAGUCCAUCUUUGUCAAAGUGGAAAGUUUAAAACUUUGAGUGCCUGUUUUCUAGGCUAUCCUACUGACUCAGCUCUUUAUUCCCUCAUUAGCUCCUAAACAGAGGCUAUUUCUUGGCGUGAUGUUUUUACCAACCUAUCAGCAAUCUCUCUAGCUUGUGCUAGAGAUCAAGGAAGGAGAAGCAAUCAUAGCAAUCUGGAAAUAUUGGUAUAAUAUAAAAACAAAGAUCAUCUUUAGGUAAAAAUGAUAGGCAGGAAAUGAUGGAUCGGAUUCUGGGAUUGGGAUGUUCGUCUGUCGGUCUAGUUGCGCGAACUAAGGCUGCAUGAUGCCGGUGAAAUGCGCGAUUGUGACUUUGUUGCAGAAUAUUCUUCCAUUUUUAUUUUCUGCUUUUUGGUUUCCAAGUUUCCCCACUUCUGCCAGUGAGCUUCAGUGCCUCAGACACUAAAGAUAUGGAUCAGCUGAGAGCUUCAGGAACCGGAAAUGGAUUAAAUCAGAACUAUUGCUUCCAGCCUGUCCUUAGAUUAUUCAGCUGUAAACCGAUAUGCUGACAAAUAUGGUUGUGCCAACGUUGGCGUUAAUCUCCCAGCAUGCAGCUGAACAGGCAUGUAGUUCUUAAAGAUGCAUUUUACUCACAGGAUUUUAGUGAUAAGUUAGCUGUUUUUUUUUUUGUAAACGUGCGUUAAAGAAUCUCUAGAACUCUAAAUUUUCAACUCUUAAAAAAACCCAAAAACUGUAAUAAUUCUGUGUUUUUAUGAUACUAACAAAGUACCAAAGUUGGAGCACCUUGUUCUUUCAUAUCUAAAAUUUAAACGACCUUCAUCCUUCUGUGUUGAAGGGCGAACGUCAGAAACGUCUGACGCAGGCGCAUGCAGCCGCAAGAUUUAAAUAUCUAGUGAUGGUGCUGGACCUGCCCUUCCUUUCCUCAGACCUCGUUUUUAUUUUCACUCCUCCGAUGUUUCAGCUUCAGCACGCUAACGAUAGCUGAGUUUUGUUUUCAAGGCUCAUUUGUUUUCAUGCUGCUGAAGAGUUGUAUUAUGACUUCCUAAGAUUAUAUUUUGCUUUGGUUGUUAUUUUUGAUUCCGUCACUUAAAGAGAAUGUGCUGCUUUUUAAAUAUAUAAAUAUUUCUCAACCUCUGACUCUAUAAGACGUACCUGCUUGGGUUUUCUUUCUCCUGGCAGAAAUGAUCAAACAUCUCGUCCACUGUGAAUAUGUAGUCAGUCGUUUUCAUUUCAAAAGAUUUCCAGUUUUCUUCACCUUCUGAAGUGGAUUUGAAGUGCGUCUCACUGAGCUGCAAGAGGCUGCUGUGAAACUGCCACAACUCGACAUACAUUACCGUAAAUACUUAAAACGUGAGCAGGUAGAAACAGAAUCCAUUAAUCGGUUGAUGACGUCUGUGACUUUAAUGUUUGCGAGGCAUCGUCGUUGCAGUUGAACCUUUCUGUAUUGCGUUUCUGUGCCUUCUGUGUUUUAGGCGAUGACAGGAAAACACUCAAAUACCAGAGUGUAUGAAAGCUCUGAAAAUCCAGAAAAGACUUGAACUACAGGACUCACCUGAACCUCAACAGAUCCAGAUUCGAUGGGCAACACGUAAAGGUUUCUUUGGCUACUUUGUGUCUUCUGAAGCCCAAAUGAGAAACUUUUAUUACAGAAUCACAGAAAGCUUUCUCUAAAUGACUGUUAAACCAGCCAGAGUGCUGCUUCGGAGUUGCAUGCUAGCCGAGCGGCAGGGCCUUGGACUGCUCCCCUCCACAUUGUGGUUGCAUGAAACGCUUCACAACAUGAUCAGAAACAAGUCUGGACUUCUGCGUGUCGCUCACAACUUCCAACCUGCCGUUUGUUAAUCACCGUCUCUGGUUUCACUCACAUUUCAAAGGUUCACGUAUACAAAAACACAUGUUGUUUUUUUUCUGUAAACGGUUAAGUUUUGCAGAAUCUCAUGGAUUCAAUUGUCUUUUGUCUCAUGUCUGAGUUUUUCACUUUCAUGAAGGGAAGUUGGCAUUUCGGUAAAGUGAGCCUCCAGAUUACGGCGCUGGGACACAGAACACGUCAGGUCCUGUGUUACAGGAAGAACCGCGGCUCCCAUUACAGGUCGUGACAUUUGAAUGCUCUUUGCACUUCGUUCCUCUUACGCUGCGUGACGGGGAAGACGUUUUGUCUGCUUUUGGAUUUGUUUCCUUCCCUUUUUUUUGUUUUUUUUUUUCAUUGUCUGACCGUUGACGUGACCAUAUUAGUGCUUCCUGUGCCAGAACCCAUUACGUGCAUUAUCUUUUUAAUUUGCAGGCAUCUGGUGAGAGUUUCUUGUAAUCUGCGUUGUCAUUGAACCACCAUUACAGAUUUUCACAAAUAAACCGUCUACAAAUCUUUUA